AUGGCCAUGGCCGAAAUUCAUGGCUCCUGUGAGCCCGCCUUUGAGUCCGUGCGCGGUAUUUUGCAAGAUCAAUUUGCUCAGGGUAAUGAAGUAGGUGCUUCACUUUGUGUCAAUAUAGAUGGCAAGAAUGUUGUGGAUCUUUGGGGCGGUCAUGCGGAUACAGAAAAAACCAAGCAGUGGGACAAAGACACCGUCACUGGAGUCUUCUCCUCUACCAAGGUCGUCACCGGGCUCGCUGCCCACAUCCUAAUUGAUCGUGGCCUAUUGCAUGUGAACGAAAAGUUCGCCAGCUACUGGCCUGAAUUCGGCAGCAAUGGAAAAGGAGAUGCCAAAGUUUCACAUAUCCUCAGCCAUUCUUCUGGAGUACUGGCAUGGGAAGGAGUGAUCACACCUGAGGAAGUGCAAGAUGUGGAAACGUCAACAAAGAGACUCGCAGCGCAAGCGCCUUGGUACAGACCUGGCUCAUAG